UUAUCAGGACCAGCGCUGGAGAGCGUUGUUGUGACGUUUUGUACCCGCUUCGUUUCUCGUGCGUUUGCGUUCGCGUUCUUUUUUCUCUCCAAAUAUAGAGACAGAAAAGAGCAACAUUGUUAACAGGAUGCCUUUUUUCACUCCAUUACUCCCAGAGGCACAUACAAACAGUGAUCUCCAGGUUGAGCUUUCCAGGCAAAAGAAGGUGCUGCGGGGACAGAAGAUAGGAAAUGUACUUUGCGGCGCUUCCUUGUUGCCUAGUAACUGUUUCCAUGGCAAGCUCACGGUCAACAACGCUAAGCAACUCCAAGAGGAGUAGGGUAUCUUCCCAACAGAGGACCGCUAAGAAGAGGUCAAAGGGAAAUUGCGUGAAAAGAGAAACCAUAGUUACUUGAGAAGGCAAGAGAGUAGGAAAGGAAAGGGGAAGCAGUGAAGAAAGGGACGGAGAUACUGGUAUUUUGAGAAAAAAAGUUGAGUAGUUUUGAGGGGUCAUUUGGUGGCCAUGGAUUCAACAUGCCCUUCUGAGAGCAUUUAUAACCUCAUACCCAGUGACUGGAAGGAGCCUCCCCAGCCUCCUAGGUAUAUAUCAAUUUUUAAGACAGCUAUAAAGGAGGACAUGCAAAAAUCUAAAACUGCAAUGAAAACUAUGGGACCACCAAAAGUUGAAGUUCCUUCUCCAAAGGAUUUCCUGAAGAAACAUUCAAAGGAAAAAACUCUACCACCCAAAAAAAAGUUUGAUCGGACUGAGCCCAAAAAGCCUCCUGUGCCAUUGAGGACUGAUCACCCAGUCAUGGGAGUACAGAGUGAAAAAAAUUUUGUCAGUUCAAAUGCAGCAGAUGUCAUUAUGGGAGUGGCUAAAAAGCCUAAGCCAAUUUAUGUUGACAAAAGAACUGGAGACAAGCAUGAUCUUGAAACUUCUGGACUAGUUCCAAAGUACAUCAAUAAAAAGGAUUAUGGUGUCACACCUGAAUAUAUAUGUAAGCGAAAUGAGGAAAUAAAAAAUGCCCAGGAAGAAUAUGAUAACUACAUCCAGGAAAACCUCAGGAAAGCAGCUAUGAAAAGGCUCUCUGAUGAAGAAAGGGAAGCGGUGCUGGAGGGGCUGAAAAAGAACUGGGAAGAGGUGCAUAAGGAGUUCCAGUCCCUCUCGGUCUUUGAUUCCAUGCCAAAGAAAACCCGCAAGCAGAAGCUGGAAGAAAAAAUGAAGCAACUGGAACAUGACAUUGGUGUUAUAGAAAAGCACAAAAUUAUUUAUAUUGCCAAUAAAUAAUAAUGUAAUUUUAAUAUAGGAAAAAACAUGGAAAACCUACAAAUGAAACUAAGUCUUUCAAGGGUAAAAUACUAUGAAAAGAAUAAAAAUAGUCUUCACCAAGUGCUUAAGCAAUGUUCAAAGAAUAAUUGGAUUUUUUCCUUACACAAGAUAAUUUUCUUUUACCAAUUUAAGGUUUUUCACAUAUGCACUAAUUAAACAAUGAUGUUAUCUGUUACAGUUCUAGAGUGUAUUAUUAUUAUGUACUUGUUUCACAUAAACAUUAAUUUCUGAGCCCGGAAAAAUAAAGUCAGUACAUAGUAUUCACAUUUUUUCUAUACUCCAUGAUUCAAGGAACACAACAUUAAAAACUGUUGAGUAUUUUGAAUAGAAAUAGUCGCAUAUGUCUUCUUUACUACACUAAAGUAUUUUCAGAGCUCCACAAACUUAACAACAUAUAUUCUCUGGUAACUCUGUCAUUUUCAGCUAUUUCCCACUAUACAUAUUUUCAAUAUCCACAAUGUUAUUUAUGCUGGAAGGCUUCUAUUUGGAGGAAGAACUAUUAAGAAGGUAGCAUAAAAUCAAGGAAACAACUUAUAAAAUGCAUGAUUAAAAAGAAAAGCCUCCUUCCUGGCAUCAAACUUUAAAAAACUUUGCUACUUAUGUAUUUCAUUAAAAUAGGAUGCUACUUUUUCUUUUUGGUUCUUCCAGUCUAUGAACAUGGGAUAUAUUUGUCAUCUUUAAUUUUUUCAUCAAUGUUUUGCAGUUUUCAUUGUACAAAUCUUUCACCUCCUUGGUUAAGUUAAUUUCUAAGUACAUUUGAUGCUGUUUUAAGUAGAAUUGUUUGUGAUUUUUCUUUUCAGAUUGUUCAUUGUUACUGCACAAGAAUUGCAACUGCUUUUUGUGCAUUGACUUUGUAUCCUGUUACUUUGCUGAAUUCAUGUAUUAGUUCUAACAGAUAUCUUUGUGUGUGUGUGUGUGGAAUCUUUAAGGGUUUUCUACAUAUAAGUUUAUACAAUUUGCAGGCAGCUAAUUUUACAUCUCCCUUUCUCAUUUGGAUGCAUUUUAUUUAUUUUUCUUGACUAAUUAAUCUGGCUAGAAUUUCCAGUACUAUGUUGAAUAGAAGUGAUAAAAGUAGGCAUUCUUGUCAUUCCUGAAAGAGCUGUCAGCCUUUCACCAUUUAGUAUAAUGUUUGCUGUGGGGUUUUAAUGUAUGGAUUUUAUUAUGUUGAGAUAAUUUCUUUCUAUUCAUAGUUGUGUGUGUGUGUGUGUGUGUGUGUGUGUGUGUUUUAAUCAUGAAAGGUACUGUAAACAUCAGUUUGAAACUAAGAAAUAUCUUUCACCUGAACGAUCAAUGCAUUCUCUCCUAGUUAUCAAGCUAUCAAGUUAUGUGGGAAGACAAAUAAUGACCAAAAGGGUACCUUAGCUAGAACAGAGUCAAAAAAAAAAAAAGAAAUUUAGUUUGUAAAAAUUUGUUCAGCUAACAGAUCUCAUUCAUUGUCAUUCAACAAAUACUGUCUAUUACUUGCUAGGAACUAUUGUGAUUGCUGGACAGAAAAGUGAAAUAGCUAUGUUGGAAGACAGAAAUAAUCACACAAAUUCAUUUAUAAUUAUAAGUUGAAAUUAGUAAUUUGAAAGAAAAAAUAAAAAGUUAUAUAGGAGAAGAUCAAGGAAUUAUUUAAUUAGAUUUUAUAGUUAAGGAGAUGCUUUUCUGAGGAUGCCUUUAUGAGAUCUGACAUUUAAAAACAUACUAGAGAAUUAGCAGAAGUUGGGAGAGAUGAGGAAAUAAGGGUUGCGGAGGGAAAAGAAUUCCAAGCAAAAAGAAUAAAAUAUCUGAAGGAUCUCAGGCUGGAAACCCUCAAUCCAUAGGGGAAAGGCAGAUAUUGGGGCUGGAUUGGGUUUAGAGAAGGGAAAAGCUACAAGCUGAAGCUGAAGAGGGAAGCAAGGGGCCAUUGAGGUGUUUUAAGCAGGGUGCAACUGAUAUUUUUAAAUGCUUAUUUGUCACAUAGAUUGUAGUGAAAGAAUGAAUGCAUGGGGGAGACUAUCAUAAUCUUCCAGGUGAAAAAAGUGAUUGGCAUAGACCAAGGCUGUGGUAGUUAAGACACAGAGUAGCUGUUGGCUUCAUGAAAUAUUUAAGAAGUAAAAAUGUAAUUGGGUGAUAGAUUGAAAGGAGAAGAAGGGAGAGGUUUCAAGGAUGACAACCAAAUUUCUAAUUUGAGCAACUUGGCAGUGGAGUUGCCAUUUUCCGAGUUGGAGAAACUUAAAGGAGGAGCAGAUUGGAAAAGGUUACCGUGAAGAGCAAGAACACAAUUUUAGACAUGUAUGUAUGUCAAUCUUGUGGCAUAUAAUUGGAAAUUUAGAUCAAAUAGAUACAUGAUGAUAGAAGAUGAUAGAUAGAUAGAUAGAUAGAUAGAUGAUAGAUAAUAGGUUAUGGAUGAUAAAUAUUUCAGUCAGAAAAGAGAUCUGGGGUAGGUCAAUGAAUGUGGGAUUUCAACAGCGUGAAUGAGAUCACCUUGAGACUUGUAUUGAGUGAGAAGACAAUGAAUGAGGUCUCACCAAAUCUUUCAUUUAGAAGUCAGAUGGGAGAGCAGGAAGGAGUAAGUAGAUGGAGGAGUGCCCUGAGAGGUCAGAAGAAAACCAGGAAGCCAAGAAAAUUCAAGAAGGGAGUACCUUUCCUCUGAGGUAGAACCUUGACCAUUAGAAUGAACUUCUCAACACUUUGGCUGAACCUUCGUCUCCCCUGCUCUGAGCUGGCUACAGAUCAACUUCUACAUUGACUCCCCUGCUCCUGUUUUUAUUUCCAGUCCAAACUCUUCUGCUGAAAUUCUUUUUAUCUUUCUCAAUACAUUGUUGUCACUGGCCAAUGUCACAACAUUAGCAUGUGAUUUAAUGUGUCUAUUAAUACAACCCACAUGAACACAAUUUGACCACCAAAGUGAAAGAAGCUUUUCAACAGCUCAAGAAAAAAUUUCAGCAGUUAAGGAGGCCAAUGCUGAUUAAUAUCAUAAUUAACUCUUAAGCAAGUAAUUUAAUUUGAUUUUCAAGUUCUUAGUAACCUGCAGAACGUGGUUUAUUCAGAAACACUGGUUACUACAAAUAGACAAUCAUAGAUAAGGGACAAAAAAAUAAAAUCACUUUCCUGGAGGGUUUGUUUCUUUCUGCCGAAAGGUGCAAUAGUGAAAAAAAUCAGUGGAUUUGACUCUGACAGUAAGUUAUGUGAUCUUUGGGACAUCACUUAAUGUCCUUCAACCUUAGUUUCAUCUGUUAAAAAAAAACUGACCUAGAUUUUGUUCAACCCUCCUUUAAGUUCUAAUGAUGUAGCACUAUAAAACUAUAUGACUAUUUUCAACUUAGUUCAAGCAAAAGUUUGGUCUUCUAACUGAUCAGAAUGCAGAUAAGUGAUAGAGUAGAGGAUCUAGAGCCAAAGAUUUGUACCAACCCUCAUCAGCCCAACCCACCAUUUGACAUACUGGAAAGAAUGUUAA